GCCACGCCCGUGGGCACAGGGAGCGGCCAAGCGAUGCGGGAGAGGCAGGCCGGCAGAGAGGGCAGCGGCAGCGCAGGCACGGAUGCGGCGACCAGAGGAUCAGAAGAGGAGUCGCCCGCUGCCAGCUGGCUCAACAGGCCCCAGGAGAAGGCGGAACUGCCCACGACCGACCAACGCGCCGAGGAUCACGACGCCACUCUGGCCUCCGCCAGCGCCUCCCCCCAGCAACCCGACGCACCUGGCCUGCCCGACGGGCCCCCCGUAGAGGCGCCUUCCUCACCAGAGCACUUGUACGGCAACGGCAAUGUGGAAGGCAUUGACUGGGAUGAUGACGCCAACAAGAAAUCCGAGACGGACGACAGCCCGCCAAGUUCCCCCGACACAGAACAGCAGGAUGGCUUUGCACACCAGGCUGACGACGCAGACAGUCCAGCUCACACCUAUCCGACGGCGGCCCAAGGGCUGAAUCCGCAGCCUGGUCCCCAUCUGCGCGGGCGUCAGAUCGAGGGGCACCGCGCGACGCAUGGAGGAGCGACGAAGACCCCCGUAGUGAGGAACGAACCUGGAAC